AUGGUGAUGAUUCCAAUCCAUCCGUUGGCUUGUUCUCCGCUGGGUUUCUUAUCUAUCUAUUAUUCUCUCCAUAUCUAUCUAUCUAUCUAUCUAUCUAUCUAUCUAUCUAUAGCUAGCUAUAUACUGAUCUAUCUAUUCUAUAUACUGAUCUAUCUAUUAUUCUCUUCAUAUCUAUCUAUCUAUCUAUCUAUAGCUAGCAAUAUAUUGAUCUAUCUAUCUAUCUAUCUAUUUAUUUCACUCUGUUCAUAUCUAUUUAUCUACAUAUCUAUUUCUAUUUAUCUAUCUCAAUCUAUCUAUUUAUAUAUCUAUGUAUGUAUGUAUCUCGCUGUUUAUAUCUAUCUAUCUAUCUAUCUAUCUCUAUAUAUUCAUUUAUCUAUUAUUCUCUUCAUAUCUAUAUAUCUAUCUAUCUAUCUAUCUAUCUAUCUCAGUAUGUUAAUAUCUAUAGAUCUAACAAGUUAUCUGUCAGUCUGUUCAUAUCUAUCUAUCUAUCUAUCUAUCUAUCUAUCUAUAGCUAGCGAUAUACUGAACUAUCUAUUAUUCUCUUCAUAUCUAUCUAUCUAUCUAUCUAUCUAUCUAUCUAUCUAUCUAUCUAUAGCUAGCAAUAUAUUGAUCUAUCUAUUAAUCUAUCUAUCUAUCUAUCUAUCUAUCUAUCUAUUUAUUUCCGUCUGUUCAUAUCUAUUUAUCUAUAUAUCUAUUUCUAUUUAUCUAUCUCAAUCUAUCUAUUUAUAUAUCUAUGUAUGUAUGUAUGUAUCUCGCUGUUUAUAUCUAUCUAUCUAUCUAUCUAUCUAUCUAUCUAUCUAUCUAUCUAUCUAUCUCUAUAUAUUCAUUUAUCUAUUAUUCUCUUCAUAUCUAUCUAUCUAUCUAUCUAUCUAUCUAUCUAUCUAUCUAUCUAUCUAUCUCAGUAUGUUAAUAUCUAUAGAUCUAACAAGUUAUCUGUCAGUCUGUUCAUAUCUAUCUAUCUAUCUAUCUAUCUAUCUAUCUAUCUAUCUAUCUAUCUAUCUAUCUAUUUCUGUCUGUUCAUAUCUAUUUAUCUAUAUAUCUAUUUCUAUUUAUCUAUCUCAAUCUAUUUCUAUAUUUAUGUAUGUAUGCAUCUCCCUAUUUAUAUAUCUAUUUCUAACUAUUUAUCCAUCACAAUCUGUUUAUAUCUAUCUAUCUAUCUAUCUAUCUAUCUAUCUAUCUAUCUAUAUGCUGAUCUAUCUAUUAUUCUCUCUAUAUCUAUCUAUCUGUAGCUAG